UUGGGAAGUACCAUCAGCCCCAACGGGUUGAUCUCCGACGAAAUUUCAGCACGAAUACAGAGGGCUAGGUUCGCAUUCGCCAGUUUUCGCCGUCUCUGGCGUAGACGCGAUAUCCGACUAUCGACCAAAGGGCGUGUGUACUGCUCAACAGUCCGCUCCGUCCUCCUUUAUGGCUGUGAGACCUGGCCAUUGAGAGCAGAAGACAUGAAAAGAUUAGCUGUCUUCGAUCAUAGGUGUCUGCGUUCUAUCUCCCGCGUGAAGUGGUAUAAUAAGGUGAGCAAUAUUGAGGUUAGGCGUCGAGUGCUAGGUAAGGCGGGGAAAUCAAUCGACGAGACUGUGAAAUUACUUCGACUGAGAUGGUUAGGACAUGUGCUACGUAUGCCUAGUCAUCGCCUUCCUCGACAAUGGGCAAUGUUAGCUGAUAUAGGGUCAGGCUGGAAAAGAGCUAGCGGCGGUCAAACCAAAACAUGGCACCAAUCAAUGAAAUCCACAACAGUUAAUCUAAGCCACGUAGGAAGAUGUAGACUUCCUGGUUGGGGCCCUCGGGACGGUAAAAACCAAUGGUUGGAAACAAUUGGUUAUAUGGCUCAAAAUCGUUCUCAGUGGCGCAGAUGCAUCCACUCCUUGUGACUUAUGAUUUCCAAUUAAACUGUUUUGUUCUCCGUUAUUACUAUUCCUUUGUCUCACACCUCUGUUUACUGUCUAUAUUAUGCAUUUCUUCUACUUCCUUCUCUUGCUUUGCGUGCUACAUGGAGUGUGGCGACUUGAACUGCC